CCGGGGCGGAGGAAGGCAGCGGCCGCAGCUGGCACUGCAGGCGGUGGCCGGGGAAGCGGCUGCUCCGCGGAGUCUGAUUUCCAGCGCUGUUUAUUAAUAACCCCUCUCCGCCCCAUGCUAAGCCCAUGUGCAGCGCAGAGCCGGCGGCGCUGGGCUCCGGGGGAGGAAGGGACCUGAUGGCACAGCCCGAGCCCCCUCUGGAGCUGCAGCUGGAUGAAGCCAGAGCACCCCCAGCCCCACAGGGAGCAGCUGAAGGAGCUGCUCCACACCCAGACCGUCCUCACAGCCCCUUGGAUCCAGCAGGGAAUGGAUCUAAACCCCUGCACAGGGGCAGCCCAGACCCCAGCCAGGAGCUGCAGGCUGCCAGCAGGGAUCCUCCCCUGGAGAUAAACACACCAGGGACUCAGGGGGAUGAGGGUGCAGCCGGGGCUGGGAUCCCGCUGGACGUGGAUGCAGAGGGGACAGGAAUCCCACUGGACAUGGAUGCAGACAGGGUAGAGAUUCCUCUGGACGUGGAUGAAGGUGGGACAGGGAUCCCGCUGGAUGAGGAUACAGCAGGAACUCUGCUGGACGUGGAUGAAGGUGGGACAGGGAUCCCAGUGGAUGAGGAUACAGCAGGAAUUCCUCUGGACGUGGAUGAAGGUGGGACAGGGAUCCCAGUGGAUGGAGCAGGGAUCCCAGUGGCCAUGGACACAGACAGGGCAGGGAUCCCAGACAGUGCAGAUGGGGCAGGGAUCCCGCUGGACAUGGACACAGAGGGAGCAGGCGGCCCUCUGGAUGCCGACGCCACAGAACACCAGUGCCUGACCCUGGAGGAGCUGGGGAAUUAUUUCCAGGAGUGCAUCGAGGUCGUGGAGCAGCUGGAGAGGGAGCGGGACAGCCUGAUCGCCGAGCUGGCGCAGCUGCGCGAGCCGGCGCUGCAGGAGAUCCGCCAUGCCCACGAGGAGAUCCAGGCGGCCUGCAGGCUGCUGGCCAAGGUGGAGCUGGAGAGGGACAACCUGCGCGACGAGAUCCGCCAGAUCAAGCAGAAGCUCUUCAAGGUGACCAAGGAGUGCGUGGCCUGCCAGUACCAGCUGGAGAGCCGGCGGCACGACCUCUCCCAGCACGCCGCCUACCAGGGCGAGCUGCAGAGCCAGGCGGGGCAGCUCUCGGGGGAGCUCUCCCAGCUGAAGGAGACCUGCGAGAAGGAGAAGGAAGUCCUGAGGCAGCGCCUGGAGGCUCCUCCCUGCCGGCAGGACAACCUGUACCUGCAGGAGAGCCGCAGGCUGUCGCUGGAGUUCGAGAGCUUCGUGGCCGAGAGCCGGCGGGGGCUGGAGGAGCACUACGAGCCGCAGCUGCUGCGGCUGCUGGAGCGGCGCGAGGCCGGGGCCAAGGCGCUGCAGGAGAUGCAGGGAGAGAUCCAGGGCAUGAAGGAAGCCCUGAGGCCCUUGCAGGGCGAGGUCAGCCGGUUGAGGCUGCAGAACCGCAGCCUGGAGGAGCAGAUUGUCCUGGUCAAGCAGAAGAGGGAUGAGGAGGUCGGGCAGUACCGGGAGCAGGUGGAGGAGCUGGAGGACAGGCUGAAGGAGCUCAAGAACGGGGUGCAGCUCCAGCAGCGCAAGAACCAGGAGCUGGAGGAGCUCAGGAGCAGCCUCCACCGGGAGCUCUCCAUCUACAAGAGCUGCUUAGAAAUCUACGGCCACCUCUGCAAAUCGGAGGAGAAAGCAGAGCAGGACUCUUAGAACCACAGAAUUUUCCUCUUUGUAGCAAAAGCCAGUGGACAGAGGCUCCAAGGGAGGUCUCCUCGUGCUGCUUUACCCUGCCUGACGUGCAGCAGCUGCCUGGAGCUGGGAACACCAAUCCUUUCCCUGGGUAUCCCCCCAGGUGCUGCUGCUGCUCUUGAUGUAAAACUGCUUUUCCCCAGAGGAGCAGAGCAAACCAUCUUUGGCCUGAACAAUGGACAUGGAUGAGGGAUAACUGAUUGAUGUUUUGCUGUGUUUGGGAAAAUGUUGUCUUGUUCAAGCCUGCACAGAAAGUUCUGACAGCUGGUGGUAGUGGGGGUUUGACUUUUAAAGUUUACAUGCAAGAGAAGCAUUCUCCUUUGAAGAGGAUUUUCUUUUGUAUUUCGAGAGUUUCUGCUGUACUGGGACAUGCUCCACAGAAAUGAGGUGGUGGGGAAGAGGUUUCCACUUUAUAUCGAGUCUCACACUGAAAAUAAAAGGUCAGAGUUUAA